AUGUGCGGUCUCUGGGACAGCAUGCCCCCUUUCGAUGCACUAAACUGGCAAGGCAUUCAACCAGGCACAAACAACGGCGGCAAUACUCAGCAUGGAACUGAGAACCACCAAGAGUCGGACCAAGCUACGGCUUUUGUUGACUUUGAGGCAUUCCUCGUGGAAGAAUACAUUCCAGCUCCUUCGCAAGUACCCGAUCCUCGAUGUGGUCCUGUGUAUGGUGAGGAUAUCAACGCAGUACCACCGGGCGGUACAAAUCUAGCAACGCAGUAUCGACCGGUAGAUGAAUGUCCUCAAUUCGCGUGGCUAAAUAGCAACAUCAGCUCCGGCGGCCACCCACACAACGAUCGUUCGCGCGAAACUGCAACGUACUCUUUCAACAACUUGCGCGGGCAAGCCUCUUCCGUCCCUCCCACAAGUUGGACUGCGCAAACACAGCCCCAUAAAGGAUCUAGACUUGGAGAAUGUCAAGCCAUCGUGCCGAACGAGCAGGUGCACUUCCAAAAGCACCAUCGAGGGUACCACGACCCGUCAUUCUCACAACAGCCUCGCAGCACCAUGCCGUAUGCCGAUGCCCAUUUCCAUCAACGCGACAAUGGUCCUGUUCAAACCUCUAACGCUCAGGGGUUCUUGCAGGCGAACAUGCCAGGUGACAUCCCCAACAGCUUCACCGGACAACAAGCAAUGAACUCGAUAAGCACCAUCGAUGGAGCGUGGUCACCCAUCAACACAAGAUUGGAAGCUGGCACCCAGAUGCUCCUUGGUCUAGGGAGACCACAAGCAGAUCCUACAGGAGGUUCCUCUGAGGGUACACCAACGUGGCCUAUCGGCAAUGCAAGCGGCGGCUCGGCCCUUCGAGACCUAAGGGACCCUACUUCAGCAUCACUCAUUUCGGAGAUCAACCAGAUGCUGAGCAGCCAGCCUACCGUCCGGCAAGCUGACAACACGAAUGAGGUGGCACAAUCGUACAACGCUGAUCAGAAUGCUUUCCAGGGAUUGAGCAGUCCUUUGCCACUACAGGGCUCCACACACAGAAUGAGGUUCGAGGUGCGUAUUCGCGAGGGUACGCCGCUCGAUGCAGCAGACCAGGUUCCAUCCAUGGAAGACGUCAGCGGAUAUGCAAACGAACAAGACUUGCUUCCCAUCCCUUCAUCAGAGCCACCUACUUCAGAUGCGUCGUCGCCGAUGAGUAUUACCUCACCGAGAGUCCCAACAUCCCCGUCAAUACCCCCAACUCUGUAUUGUAACGAGGUAAACUGUGCCGCCGAGUUCAAUGGAAUAUAUCGACAAGGAAAUAUUGCUCGUCACAAGCGGCUCCUGCACCAAGGUCAUGCUGGCUAUAUGUGCGAAGUGCAAAGUUGCUCCCGUAACUUCAGACGGCAAGAUGCUCGUCUCAAGCAUUAUCGGAAACAUCAUCCGGAGCUGGCAAGGGCAGCUUCGUGGCAUCGAUAUGAUCGGAUAUUCGGCGUUGAUUGUUGGUAUCUUGAGAUUUUCUUGUACGUCGUUCGAGAUGGUCGAGACGUGUCGCGGCCUCCUUGGCUUGUGGCCGCUACCGGAGCGAGGCUUAGGCAGUCGUCCCUCAUGAUGAGCAGUAUCAUCUACGAGGGCGUACAGCUGCCCGCACGGUACACGCGGAGAUGGUAUUUCAUUCAGGACUCCAAGACGAAGCUCUAG